GCUGGCAGGAGGCGGCUCCGCCGCAGACGCCGCUCGGUCACCGCCGCGUUCACCUCGCGGAACCGGGGCUGCCCGUGACACCGGGAACACCGGGAACACCGGGAACACCGGGAACACCGGGAACAACGGGAACACUGGGGCUGCCAGAAACACCGGCACUGCCGAGGCUGCCGGUAACACCGGGAGCACCGGGAACACCGGGAACACCGGGACAUCGGGACUGCCGAUCCCACAGAGCCGGGAUCUCAGUCCCCGGCCCAGCCUGAGACGCUCCCCGGCGCUGGGAGCACUGGUCAGGCUGGGAGCAGCCAUGAGGGACAUGCUUGGAGCUGGAUCCCUGCGGAGCCUUGUCCAGCUUGCCUGGCUCUGCCUGUUCUCCGUGCCGCACGGCGGGGCCAAGGUGCUGGAGAAGACCUUCGAGGAGUGGCUGCGGUACCGUGACGAGUGCCUGAGGAGGAUGGCGAGCGAGCCCUACCCGGCAGGGCUGUUCUGCAACAGGACAUUUGACAUGUACGCCUGCUGGCCCGACGGGAGCCCCGGCACCGCUGUCAACGUCUCCUGCCCCUUCUACCUGCCCUGGUUUGAGAAAGUGAAGCACGGGCUGGUGAGCCGCAGGUGUGGCACCGACGGCCAGUGGGUGACAGUGAACGGCAGCCAGCCCUGGAGGGACUACUCCCAGUGCGAGGAUGAGCUGGAGGUCACUGCUGAGGAGGAAGGCGCCCGCCGGCUCAUGCUGAGCUUCAAGGUUCUCUACACCGUGGGGUACUCGCUGUCGCUGCUCACCCUCAUCUCCGCCCUGCUCGUCCUCACCGUCUUCAGGAACCUGCGCUGCACCAGGAAUUACAUCCACGCCAACCUGUUCGCCUCCUUCGGGCUGCGGGCGACCUCGGUGAUGGUGAAGGACGCGCUGCUGGAGCGGCGCUGGGGCGUGGAGCUGGUGCAGGUGGCUGACUGGGAGGCUCUGCUGAGCCACGAGGCAGCGCUGGGGUGCCGUGCAGCGCAGGUGCUGAUGCAGUACUGCAUCCUGGCCAACCACUACUGGUUCCUGGUGGAAGCUGUCUACCUCUACAAGCUGCUCAUCGGGGCCGUGUUCUCCGAGAAGAAUUACUACAGGCUCUACCUCUACCUGGGCUGGGGGACCCCCGUGGUGUUCGUGGUGCCCUGGAUGGCCGCCAAGUACCUGAAGGAGAACGCAGAGUGCUGGGCACUGAACGAGAACAUGGCUUACUGGUGGAUCAUCCGCAUCCCCAUCCUGCUCGCCUCCCUGAUCAACCUGCUCAUCUUCAUGCGGAUCCUCAAGGUGAUCCUGGCCAAACUCCGGGCCAACCAGAAGGGCUACGCUGACUACAAGCUGAGGCUGGCCAAAGCGACCCUGACCCUCAUCCCCCUCUUCGGGAUCCACGAGGUCGUUUUCAUCUUCGCCACCGACGAGCAAACCACGGGCAUCCUGCGCUACAUCAAGGUGUUCUUCACCCUCUUCCUCAACUCCUUCCAGGGCUUCCUGGUGGCCGUGCUGUACUGCUUUGCCAACAAGGAGGUGAAGUCCGAGAUGAAGAAGAAGUGGCAGCUCUGGAAGCUCGACCACCCAGCGCUCUGCUGUGCCCACUGAGGUGGUGACCAGCCAGGGCAGAGGCUCUGCUGGCCACAGGGCCUGGCUGGAGGGCAGGAGGCUGCAGGAAGCUGUGCUGGGCAGUGCCCACCCGGGAUGGCCAGGCUGGGAUCGGUGUCUGGCUGUGCCACACUGGAGCUGCUGGAAGGGACAUCCCUGCUGCGACCCAAGUGGGAGAUGGCAGCCCUGGCUCUUGCCAGGCAUCGCUGUCCCCUCAGCCUGUGCCCAGGGGGGGCUGCGUGGGCAGUGCCUGCUGCUUCCUCCCACUGCCUGUGCAGCAGCAGAACCUGGCAGCCACCCCAGGACACCUUCCACACAGGGAACCCCUGGAACACCCACAUCCACCUGGGCAGCUGUGGGAUCCCAGCAGCCGGAAGGAGCCUGAUCCUCAGCAGUAGGAAGAGGAGCUGCUGCCCAAAUCCUGCACCCUGGGCUACACCACAUCCAGGGCCUCCCUGUCCUCCCCUGUGUCCCACCCCAGGACCAUCUCACCAGCACCCUGGCAGCUCCCAGACAGCCACAGCCACCCUGUAAAGCUCUUCACAGCAAAGGGCUGCUUCAGCACUCCCUCCCCACCCCCAUCACCAACACAGAACAGCAGCACCCAUCCCUUCCUCGCUGCUCUGCAGCUGCACAAACCCCCCUGGUCCCCCCUGGCCAUGGGCAGAGCCAAGGAUGGAGCCUCAAAAGCACUUGGGAGUGAAGGAUUUGAGAGCAGCAACUCACUGGAGCAGAGCCCCACCACCCCCAUCCAGCCCAGCCUCCUCCUGCUUUGUGGAGGGAAAGCUGGAUUUCCAGGCCUGGCAGGAGCUCAGGAACCAUUUUGCUGGCCAAAGGCUAAAAUCCUGGGAGUCUGCUUUCCAGGGGGGUGCCAAAGCAUCAUCCCACCCUGGCCAAGCAGCCUGUGGCUCCCAGGAAGCCCAGGAGCAAGGGAAGCAUCUGAGGUAGUGUGGUUUGAGCAAGGCUGCCUGUGCCUGGCUGCCCUCCUGCCCUGCUCCUGUGCCGUCCUGGAGGAGCCCAGAGCAGCUAGAGACCCCCUCAGCACCCAGCCCCUCGCUCUGACCCGCAGGAGCAGCACAGACACACUGCCAGUGCCUGUUCCCACCACAUUCCUUCCUCUGCCAUGCACAAAAGUCCCCUCCAGGCCGGAGGAAGCAGCUGGGAUGCUCCAGGAGAUGCCCAUGGACACAGGAGGGGCCCCAGGUCCUGCCCCUUCCCUGAUGGGCUGGGGGAGCCUCUCCCCCUGCCUCACAGAGGGGCUGCCGUGAGCACACAAAGCCAAGAGGCUGCACCAGGCUGGAUCAAUGGAACGCCCAUGAGACCAUUUUACACAUUAACUCUCUUUGCAGAUGUAAAUAAAUAUUUAUUUUUCAGCAA